AUGAGCACAUUUGACCAGAACGACUCGGGGUACAACUCGUUCCAGGCUUGCGUCGAGCUCAGCAAUCGAAAUAGAAAUGUCUUGGCAUUUGACAGCCGUAAUCAGGCAGAUCGUCGAGCGACAUCCGCAGCCUGGCGAUUCUCACGAUACCACGAGUCAUUGGUUUCCCAGUUCCCAGGGCAUCACUUGCACGCUGUCACCGGCCUCCUGAAGGUCGGCGGAAGUGAGGAACACGGUUCCGGAGCAACAGGUCAGCAGCGAGGCGACCUCGACUUGUCAACAGACUACUGCGGUAGACUUGACAGUGUGGUGUUCGAGUCGCUGCACUCCCAUCCCUCGGACGGUAUCCGGGCCCACCACAAGUCAGUGCUACGGCCCGGUUACAGAUGUAUGAAUAAUGGACGAAAUGAUGAGGCCGCUGUGCCUCGCGUCUGCAUCGUAUGUCCCGGGCAAUCUCGUGCGUUACGUCACUUCACCGUCCAGAGCUCAGAAAAAGGACCGAACAUCGCAGGGCGGGCGUACGAUAGGUCGCGGGUAUGA